GAACAAAAUGGGGUAUGUAUUCAGUGCAAGAACAAAUUCUUGGGAAAUGAAGCAAAAAAGGAGAAGAAGAGGACAAGAUGAUGAAGGUGAGGGGUUUGAUGAUGAAGAACAUGCUGAAGAAACUGAAGACGCAGGUCCCUCACAAGCUACUUCAUCUCGAGUUCCUCAGAGAUUAACCACACAGAGAGGAAUGCAGCUCAUUCUUGAGAGACUUGCACGGAUUGAAUCAAAGCUCGAUGAUCACAUUCACGACUAUCAGAUGGCAGCACCUAUAGGUCCUCGAGCGACAAGAGGAGACUCAUCUACUGCUGGCACAUCCUUCGGAUAGCAACCCACUGAUCCCUUUUCAAAUCUGGAAGCAUAAAUCCUCCCGUUGCAGUUGUUGAUGGCUAUUAAAUUAUCAUUUUAAUG